AUGUCUCUUGCGCAUGUAGCCUCAACCACUGACAUGGGUGAACACAUUUCGCAUGCCGGGAUGCCGACAGGUCUGAAGGUGGACCUGGGGCACCUGAGUCCCGGCGGGAAAUCUGACGACGGCGGCCUAUACCAUCACGACCCGGGCUCCCCCGACGACGCCGGUGACGACAAACCAUCAAAGCAGCAAAAGCGCCACCGUACGCGGUUCACGCCGGCUCAGCUGAACGAGCUGGAACGCAGCUUCGCCAAGACUCACUACCCCGACAUCUUCAUGAGGGAGGAGCUGGCUCUCCGCGUCGGCCUCACGGAGUCGCGAGUACAGGUAUGGUUCCAAAACCGACGGGCGAAAUGGAAGAAGCGCAAGAAGACGACAAAUGUGUUCCGGACGCCCGGGGCGUUGAUGCCGACCACUGGGCUGUCUCCGUUCGGGGCGAUGAACGACCCGCUGUGCUCGCUGUACUCCGGAGAGCGGGGCUGGUCGGGACAGAUGGCCCCGCCGCUAAACACCAAUCACCUCGCCUUCCCCACCAUCCCUAGACAAGGUAUAUCGCAGACGUUCCCAGGCCAGAUGGGCAACUUCGAUCCAAUGAACGCGGCUGUCUCGCUCGCCAACAACAUCAACUCCAUGACUAAUGGCUCUAUGUACAAUGCCGGCUACGGACUUCCGCCACAGACAUCAACGCCACCCUCACCUCCUACCUCCCUCGCUAACGGCCAGAUGACGUCAUGCGGAAUCCAGGAUAUAGGGGAAGCGUGGCGAGGCACCAGUAUUGCAUCGCUUCGGCGAAAGGCGCUCGAACAUUCCGUGUCACUCACCGGCUUCCGGUAA